GGCGGAGGGAUCUGGCGGAGGGAGGUGUUUAUGAGGCGCUGGGGGCGGAGGAGGAGAAUUAGUCCGAGCGGGGCGAGCGAGCUGACUGGUUGUGUGGCCGCUUCUCGGAGACCGGUAGCGCUUGCAGCAUGGCUGACCAACUGACUGAGGAGCAGAUUGCAGAAUUCAAAGAAGCCUUUUCACUAUUUGACAAGGAUGGCGAUGGAACUAUAACAACAAAGGAAUUGGGAACUGUAAUGAGGUCUCUUGGGCAGAAUCCCACAGAAGCAGAGUUACAGGACAUGAUUAAUGAAGUAGAUGCUGAUGGAAAUGGCACAAUUGACUUCCCGGAAUUUCUGACAAUGAUGGCAAGAAAAAUGAAAGACACAGACAGUGAAGAAGAAAUUAGAGAAGCAUUCCGUGUGUUUGAUAAGGAUGGCAAUGGCUAUAUUAGUGCAGCAGAGCUUCGCCAUGUGAUGACAAACCUGGGAGAGAAGUUAACAGAUGAAGAGGUUGAUGAAAUGAUCAGGGAAGCAGAUAUUGAUGGUGAUGGUCAAGUAAACUAUGAAGAGUUUGUACAAAUGAUGACAGCAAAGUGAAGACAUUGUACAGAAUGUGUUAAAUUUCUUGUACAAAAUUGUUUAUUUGCCUUUUCUUUGUUUGUAACUUAUCUGUAAAAGGUUUCCCCCUGCUGUCAAAAAAUAUGCAUGUAUAGUAAUUAGGACUUCAUUCCUCCAUGUUUUCUUCCCUUAUCUUACUGUCAUUGUCCUGAAACCUUAUUUUAGAAAAUUGAUCAAGUAACAUGUUGCAUGUGGCUUACUCUGGAUAUAUCUAAGCCCUUCUGCACAUCUAAACUUAGAUGGAGUUGGUCAAAUGAGGGAACAUCUGGGUUAUGCCUUUUUUUUAAGUAGUUUUCUUUAGGAACUGUCAGCAUGUUGUUGUUGAAGUGUGGAGUUGUAACUCUGCGUGGACUAUGGACAGUCAACAAUAUGUACUUAAAAGUUGCACUAUUGCAAAACGGGUGUAUUAUCCAGGUACUCGUACACUAUUUUUUUGUACUGCUGGUCCUGUACCAGAAACAUUUUCUUUUAUUGUUACUUGCUUUUUAAACUUUGUUUUAGCCACUUAAAGAAAAUCUGCUUAUGGCACAAUUUGCCUCAAAUCCAUUCCAAGUUGUAUAUUUGUUUUCCAAUAAAAAAAUUACAAUUUACCCAA